UUCUGAAAAAACUCAUGUUUCUGUCACUCAUAUAUCAAUAACAAACAAAAACCGCUUUCAACUAUAGAAAACAGAGCUCCGAGAUGUCUUCUCUUCUCUUCCUCAUCUCCAUUGCCUUAACCAUAACAUUCAGUAACCAUACUUCAAAGGCAGCAAAUCCACCCGUAAGCCUCACAGACAGAAUCCUUUGCAGCAACAAUAACCUCUUCUCAGUCUCAGAUUCCUCUGGUGAGCUUGAAUGCAGAUUCAGACCAAUAAAACCUAGUUUCAAACAGAAGACAAGAGGUCAUUAUCGCAGAAAACCCCUUGUUUUAUGUCUUGGAAUCAAAAGGUGUUCAAGAAAUGGGAAGAAGUUUGUAAAAAAGCAUCCAGAAAGGAAGUCUACUCGGAUUCUGAAACAAAUUAGAAAAGAAAGUCAGGUUCAAUUCCAACACAGGAAGCAACAAUCAUCAAGAUACAAGAAGCAAAAUAUAGGAGACAAGAAGUUCUUUUUCCCACCUCCAUGGUUUCUUCCUCCAAACCCAUUUGUGCCACCACCUUCCAUUUUUCCACCAAACCCAUUUGCGCCACCACCGUCCAUUUUUCCACCAAACCCAUUUCAGCCACCGCCACCUUCGAUUUUUCCGCCACUCCCAUUUCAACCUCCUCCUGCUCCACCACCAUCAAUAUUCCCUCCAAUAUUUCCUCAGCCGCCUCCUGCUCCACCACCAUCUAUAUUCCCUCCUUUAUUUCCUCAGCCUCAGCCUCAGCCUUCUCCUCCUCCGUCGUUCUUCCCUCCCAACCCGUUUCAGCCUCGUCCUCCUCAGCUUCCUCCCACUCCUCCUCCAUCGUUCUUCCCUCCAAUAUUUCCUCCGCCUCCUGCUGCUCCACCUCCAUCUCCUCCAUCAUUUUUCCCUCCAAAUCCAUUUCCUCCGCUGCCGCCGAUCUUUCCAGGUCUAAAUCCACCACCACCACCACCUCCUUCUCCUCCACCACCUCAGUCAAUUUUUCCAUUUCCUCCAUUCCCUUUCCUUCCACCACCAGGUAACCCUGGCCCUCCUCCUGCUUUAUCUUCUUCAGCAAACAAACAACCUACUUAAGCGGACCAGUGUAUCAUAUAUAUAAACCAAGCUUUUUAUUUGAAAAUGCACUGUGUUGUAUAUCUCAUGUAUGUAUUUAUACAAGGGUAAAAAAUAAAGAUGUGUUUUCUACGUGUUUUUUU